AGCCAGCAGGGCUGUAUUGUACGGUACCGAUACCGGUGUGACUGCGGCAACUAACGCGUCUUGAUUUCAGCAUUGGUGGCAUUGAGUCAGCAUCGGAACAAGCCAAUCGGAAGAUCAAAAUGUUCUGUGUCAUCGAUGCUGCUUCUCAUAGCCCGCCAGACUGGAUGGAUGCCUCAAUUGUGUUGUGGCUGAUGGGAUUGAUUGGAAAUCAUCCGCAUUGUUGGCAUUCUGACACAAUAAAUCAGACUCAGUUCGAAGAUCGUCGGAAUCGCAAAACUCGUUUCUUGACACAAUCUCACAAAGACUACAUACAAGAAGAGAAAGAUUAACAAUGAUGACUUUGACCAAGACUCUCAACUACAGCCUUUUCUUGGUUGCCAUGGUGGCAUUUCCAUGGCGAUGUGCGGCUUUUACUACUCCGUCAAUGAUGCCUUUUAGUGCUACCACUGGCAAUUCCAGACUCUUUAGCACCGAAACCGAUGUCGACGAGGCGACCAAGCUUCGGGAGAAAGCAGCUCAGCUUCGAGCUGAAAUUGCGGCCAUGGAGGGCAAGACAUUGCAAGAGGUCGAAGACGAAGCCAAACAAAAGAAGGAAAACAUACGGUUGCGAAGAGAGCAACAAGAAGAACAGCGAAAGCAAAAUAGAAAAGAAGCUGCUGCUUCCAGGGAUGAUGGCCGGUUUUUGCAAGUCCCGAGUACUAUGGAUGACAUGGUGAGACAAGCGUCGCAAUCAGUAGAACGGGCCUUUCAAGAUGGACAGACACGACAAACAGUUCGUUUUGCCCUGAUUCGACCAGAUCAAUAUGUCAACGAGGUGAAUGAAUGGCCAGGGGGUGCCCAAGAAAUGUCUCGCGAAAGCGCGAAACCACUCACCCAGGCACUCCUGAAACAAGUGCAUGCUCCUACCAAAGCCACAGAAGAAGCCAGCAGACAACAACGAUUGCCCCCAACUGUCAAAGAACAAGAUAUUUGGGAUUUUGAUGGAUCUGCGCUCAUUACAGCUGAAGCCCAGGCUGGAGCCAAUGGAGAUGUCCAAGCUUUGGUCCUACCCAAUACCGAUACCAAAUACAUCAAGGAUAUCGACAGCAUUGAUCAAGCCAUGGGGAAACGACUUUUUCUACUCGUCAAUCCAUUCUGGAGAAACCUGGACUCCUGGGGAAUCAAUAUCUUGGCCCCCGGAGCCAAGAAAAUGGCGAAAGAAAUCAUUUUUGACAAGGGCUACAACGAGUCCUACUCCCUCUUGAGAUUCAGUUGUCGUGGAGAAGAGUGUGUUGCGGUGAAAGCGUACCCUUAUGAUUGGCAACUUUUUGCGUACUUGGAAGAUGACGAUAACUAUGUUGGUGGUGCCGCUGUGGAGCGUACCAUUCGACUAGGAUCGUGCAAGGAAGAACCUUCCAGUGCCCUGGUCACGGAGCUGCUAAAUGAGAGACCUGAGUUUCAGCAAACACGAACGAUGCGACAAUUUGGCAGAAAGUAGACAUAGAAAACUAACCUAGAACUGAAGAUACGAUUAUAAAUAAAACUAAUGCGCUCACCUCCUCC